AUGGCUGAUAGUCAACGUGAAAAUCCGCAGUCGAAAUCAAACCAGCCAACUAGCAUUGAAUCACCAGUUGGACAUGGCAUACACUCAAAUGCUCAAAAUGUAGAUGCAGAUGAAAAUGCUUCUGGCCUUGUUCGAGCGGUCGCUGCGCCAGUGGCGAUUCAAAAUGAUAUAAGUGAUGAUAUGGCAGAUCAAGCAAUCGCCAAUCAGCCGCGAACAAACCCCCCGGUGACUGAUUUGAAUCAAAAGGGGACAGGGGAAUCAAGCAAUGUGCCGAAUCAGGAACUGGCAAAUGGUGAUGCACCGAAUUCGGAUUUGAACGUUGUAAUCAACAUGAUGGAAAAUUUGGAUCUCAACAUGCGCCUCGAAGAGGAUUCGCCUUCAAGCCAACAAGAUGAGGAGAGUGAACAAACGGAUUCUCCACAUCACGAAGAAGUGCCGCCAAUUCGAGCAAAUUCGACGGCAAAUGAGCGCGGGCGGCGAAGUUUUCCAUCGCCAAAUCCAUCGCAUAUCGCACACGCACGCGAACUUUUGCGUCGCAGUGUUGAAAAUGCAGCAAUACUAUUGCAAGUGGUUGGCGGAGAUGUGGCGGCUUUUAGAAAUACACGUGCGGCCCGGGUCGAACAAGACAUGGAUCUUGUUCUCAGUAUUGUUGAAAGAUUAAAUAUCAUGCCAACCUUCCACGACGAAGUCACACCAGAAGAGCAAUUCCUCGAGUCUGAUGAGGAUUCAGAAGCUCACGAAGUUGAAGAAGCCAUCAAUGAUCCAGAUGUGCAAGAGAAUACUCAAUGCUCGAUCUGCUUGUCUGAGACGAUGGUCCAACCACAGCGCUGCCGAAUGUGCCGUAUGAUCGUUGGAUGCAAGCAGUAA